AUGUCCAUGUCGACCGGAGUAGAGCCGAUGAUCGACGUGAAGGUUUUCGUGGACAAGGAGAGGGGCAAGGUGCUCUUCGCGGAGUCCGGCAAGGAGUUCGUCGACGUUCUCUUCGGCUUCCUCACGCUGCCCCUCGGCACCGUCGUCCGCCUCCUCGGCGGGCAGUCUCAGGUCGGAUGCCUGGACGAAUUGUACAGGAGCGUCGAGGGGCUCUCCCCCGACCUGUUCAGGACCGAGGCCUGCAAGGCGAUGCUGCUCAAGCCCAUCAACUCCGCGGCGAAGCAGUGCUGUCAGUUGCCGGUCAGAAUCGACGACACCAAGCACCGGGAGGUUUACGUCUGCGGUGACACGAGCUGCAGUGUCACCGCGUUCAGCUCCGUCCCCGGCGCCGUCUGCGAGUGCGGUAUGAAUAAGUUUAUCGUCACUGAUGAUCUCAAUGUUGCACCGGCCUCAACUUCCCUCAUGCUGUCCCUUCUGGACAAGUUUCAAGUGCCGGAUCCCUCCUGUCUUGAGCAAAUGACACUCCAGUUUAGUUCAGUCAAGAUAAUUGAUCUGCUCAGGAGGUCAUUAACGUCGCAGAACCCGUUAACCGGUCACCAUCUUGACGUCGCCGUUGCGCCUGAUGAUUCAGUAGUGGACAUGCUCCCUGACUACUUGCAUCCUGAACAAGAUAAUGAGGCUGAGCACUCACUGGUUAAUGCCACUCUAAGGGUUCUUCAGACAAAGAACAACUCCAAGGUGUUGUACGCCGAAGUUGGCGGCGAUUUUGUGGAUCUUCUCUUUGGAUUACUGACCGUACCACUAGGAUCCAUAGCGAAAAAUUAUGGGAAAUCUGCAUCUAAAGGUUGUCUUGAGAAUCUUUACACUAGCAUAGCUGGAAGUGCUGAAGGAUGCUUGAGGCCAGAAUGCCAGAACUUGCUAUUGUCCCCAAUGCUGGUUGUUAUUGAAGCCAAGCUUCAGAGAAAGGAUCUUGUAGAGAAAGAAGUUGCCCUUACAAAACCCCAGGUUAUGGAGCUACUCACAACUGCCAUGGUGACUCGCAGAGCUCUUAGCACCGUGCUUCUGCCCCCCAUCCCCAAGAUCAACAAGAAGCUGCAUUACCACAGCUUCGGUCUAUAUUAG